UCGUUGUGUCAAACUGAGAGUUGGACCAGUGUCUUGCUGACAGUUUGUUUCAUUUCAGUGGUGCUUCUGCUGUGAUAUUUGGUUUGUGUUUCAUGGCGAGCAUUGGCCGAAGACACUAUUGCUCAGGGCUCUUUUGGUGCCGCUAAUGGCAACAGUCCUAUGCAAACUCGUAUCCAGAGUGCUCAGUAUGCUUAUCAUAUUCUUCGCUGGCUUUAUUGCUUGUUACUGGCUUUGAAUUUCCUGGAUUCCAAAAUUCUCAUUUCGCAGCCGCAUCUUUUUCACUUUUGCAAUAAUUUCACAAUUUUCACAAAGAAGACAAUGAAAACUAGAUACACCAUUUCAUACCUUCUAAAACUUCAGCAUAACUCCAAAAUCAGACUACACUGCCCUGAACUCUUCCAAAAGAGGCGUUCUAUCUCUCAGCACAAACAUUUCCACCACCGAACCAGAAACACCGCUCCAAGGUUAGCAUUCCAUCCCAACGAGGUACAUGUGAUUCCUGAAGGUUCUCGAAUUGUCCGCGUGGAUCCUGGCAUGCCUAUUCCCUAUGGAGCAAUACCACUUCUGUUCUUGGGCUAUCCAGGAGCUGCAAGGGUUUUUGUGUACAAUCCAGUCGGCGCCCCUACCCACCUCAAUCAGCUCGAGAAAGCCCAGGAAGAGCAGAAACAGUUGUUUCGAAACAAAGAAAAUAUUCCUCUACAGACGUGGCCAGGUUCUGAGACAUUCCCUGAGUACAACUGUGGAUUUUACGGCACAGAACCACAAGUUGCAAUAGAUUUAACCAGCCUAGGUUACGAUAAAAGAAAGAACGAAGACAGAAGUCCGGGUGAGACUGAAAGAAUCCAGGAAAACCAGUCGGAUGCCUCCAACAGCCAAUCUACCUGGUCCUCUAGUGACAUUCAGAUCCAGCUUCCCCUGGUGUAUUGACGGAAGGGAAGGUUGGGUGCCGUUGCAGACUACUUCACAAGCAACUAUAACCAAAUAAUAGAGUUAAGUAGAGCCAGCUCUCUGCAAGCCACUAGUACCUGCUAAUUGUGACCACUCAGUACCAACUAUGAACCAUUCAUUAGAGCAACUAGAUGGACUGCAAAAACGG